UUCCUCUUCUCAUUCUGGGUGCUGGCGACAAGAUGUCGGUUCAGGCACUCGCCGGUGUGAUAUUCUAUGUUUGUAUCACGAGACUGCAGAACACAGUUGGUGAAAGCAUUUCUUUCGGCAAAAACGCCAAACAAAGUACCACUUUUAGAGACAAUGAUGCAAGCCACGCCCUCAAUCGGACGUUCUCGUAUACAGGAUCAGUUACAGGCCCUGUCAUCUCGCCCUGGUGGGAGGUCGACCUGAGGGGCUACUUUAGAAUCAGCAUCAUCACCCUCACAGCAGGCGAAUUUCAUCAAGACAUGAGAAAUGCCUCCGUGGAGGUGAUGGACAAAGACGUCAGCCUCUCCUCUGAUGUCCAGUCGGAGUGGUGUGGGAAUGUGCCUAGCACUGUCACUGCUCGGGAAGAGUUCACCUUCACCUGCAAUGCCACAUUCCCUGUCCGCUAUGUCCGUGUCACAAGGCGAUCUACCACCAAGGCUUUCCUCGCUAUCGGACAUGUGGAUGUUCAAGGGAUCGGGGCUACAAAACGAUGCCGUUCCCACUACACGCCCACAGCCAACAGGAAUGUGUCCAUCCCAUUCUUGACUACAUCAGCCAUAACAGCCGGAGCUUGUGGCAUCCUUUGUCACAAAAGUUUUUCUUGCAUCGGCUUCAGCUACAGCACAACUGCAUCCUCUGAAGCUAACUGCAUGCUAACCGACAAAGUAGUACCCCAGAAUUAUGUGGCAGAUCACGCCUGGAGCAUGUACACCCUGGACAGCUGCCUGUGAACACCACUGGAAACUCAAACUGGAAACAUUGAAACUACACUCUGAAUCGUAACAGAAGUAGACUAGGCAUUUGAUUUAAACAAUAUUUAUUUCCCAGAAAAAGGAAUGGGAUUGAUGAACAGGUUCAACCUAUUUAAACACCUCUCCCUACAAAGGACAUUUAACAAUUAAUGGGAGUAAACUGGUAGACAAGACAUUUGUUGUGGAAACAUUAUUUAUAUAUUAUACAGAAAAUUGUCAGUGGGAUCAUUCGGACUUUGUGAGAAUUUUUCGUCAGAUGAAAUGAUUGUAAUCACGUUUUUGGAAUCAGAAUAUUUGUAGUGGCAUUGCUGGAACAGUAAUGCAUGGGAUACUUCCUUUCAUUCCUUUUAAGAGAUUGUGACGAUUCUAACACACUUGUUUUGUUAGAUCACAGAAACUGCACAAUCACUUUGCUCUCACCACAAUAAUAACACGAAUGUUUUAUGUCUGUUUAUUACGUGUUCAUCACACUUACUUUUAAUACUUGCAAUAGCUUCAUACUCUGCCAGGAUCAGAAACAAAAGUACUUGACUGUUGAACCAUAUCCCUUGGAAUUUCCACAUACCCUGCCAUCUGGGCAUGUUGCGUUCACUCCCAUUAUAAACCUAUUCAUUGGGAUCUCUAUUAAGUAAGAGAGUUCUUUCUACAGGCAGUAAAACCUAUUGUGAGGUUUUACUUUCAAAGUAAAACCUAUUAUGAUGUUUUAUUUUCGUUCGGAAGGUUUUACUUUGAAUGUAAAACCUCAAAUUCCAGGUUUAACCAAGUAACUGAAAAAAUGACAACAAGUAGCAAUUCAAAAUUUUAAUUCAAUUAAAAUUGUAUGUCAGGUGUACAGUUCCGCGUGGACAUUUAAAAGCGACAUCACUUCAGAGUCUCAGGUGAAAGGACAGCGAGGUUUCAAACACGUGCUUUUAAACAAGUGCUUGUCAAUGCUGCACAAUUUGCACGUGCAGUACCUGCUAGCCGUUACGUCACAACUACCUCUAUGUAACAGUUGGAUUGUUUAAAGUCGAAAAUCUUGUAAAGCAAAAAAAAGACACCUUUAAAAUUUUCGAAUUUUCGUUUUGAAAAGUUUAAAAGAAGUGGAAUAUUGCAACACAAACAUUUAGAAACCGAAGAUUUCACUUUCAUUUAAAAGUAAGUAUUUUCUUUUGUGUUUUAUAUUUGUCACAUCCAAGUGCUCUUGAACGCCUGGCAAGUCAGCGAAUUUCACGUGCAAGUUAAGAUAUCACGUCUUCAAGGACGCGCUAUAAUGAAGCGCCUCAUUUAUAGAUGCUCGUUAUAACAUUUAAUCAAUUUAAGACGGUUUAUAAGUAUAAAAAACACUUUCCCUCGGUUUUGGUAGACAGAGCAUGCCCUGGGGGUCGGGAAAAACCGCGGGGGGUUCGCCCCGUUGGUUUUUCCCUCUCCCCAGGGCAUAUAAUUUUCACCACUAUUUUGGAUUUUUCACCCAAUGGAAUCUGUUUCGGCAGAUAAUCGCGACUGACUCUUCUCUGGUUUUGACGUUUGUUAUGUGUAGUAUGUGAAGUCUAUGCUUAAUGCUGGAAUUGCCUAACUUUCUGUGUUGUUUGUGAGUAGAAAUAGAAUUUUAGCCAUGUGAGAAAUGUGUUUGGUGUUGGUAGUAAUAUAGAAGGUGGUAUAGAGUACUGUAGAAAUAACCAAUGCUUACUGUUGUCUGAUGUUUGCGUUCUAUGGAAAGUUUGGUUUUCGUAUUUGAUGGUUUCCGGCUAGUUUCUAUUUAUUAGUUUACUGGUGGUUAUCAUGACGUGGGAAUCUUACUCAUGUCCGAGUUGUCUUAGUUUGCUUGCCAUUUAGUUUCCCGAAACACGAAUGUUACCCUCUGUCAGAAUAGUUUACGUCUGGUUGACAUUAGGUGUUGGUUUCAGUAUACCCGGAAACUUACACACGUCAAGUUUCCUACUGAUUUCCUGGUCGUUUCCAUAAAUCUUGUAGAUAUUUUCAGCUUACUUUGUGUGUGCUUCAUUAGCUCUCCUGUUGGAGAACAAAUGUUAAGUUUACGCCUGGUUAAGUUUUGUUUCCGAUGAGAACCUGAUAUUCACAAUUUGUGGCCUGGUCACGUUGUAACACUCGAGCAUACUGCGGUCACCAUUGAUUUGUCCGCAACACCUUCAUCAUCAACACGGUUUUUUUAUGAUAUACCUACAUCAUUGCUAACUGAUAUCUCCAAACAAAAUCACUCAUUCACUCUGUUGAGUUUUAGGUUAAAAACAUUUAUAUUUUCACAAUUUCGUAGAUUCUUAGACACAUACUAGAUGCUCAAAUGUGAUGUUGUCCUUCCAAGUAAACAAAUAGUUUUUGUGUAGAAUUAGUUUUUUCCAUAAUUACAUGCACAUAUAUGUUACCAGAUUCUUAUAUCAACUCUUAGGGUCUUUUUAUUGUGUACAUGUAAACGUCUAAAAUCUGCAUCACUGCUGGCGUUCCUCCCACAUGAAGUUGACACACAGUGCUAUACCUGAAAUACUCUUCACAGAAACGAAACUGAAAUUUGAACAACAAAAGAAACUGAGGUUUACGCAAAAUCACUCAUCUUAGUCAAACAUGCAGGCAAAGACAACUCUCAGUCCAUGUAGGAAUGUCUCAGACAAUAGAAACUUAAAGCAAAACACAUAAAACAUUAAUUUUCAUUGAAAUAUCUCUUUACUCUUUGGAAACUUAAAUACAUCAAUAUUCAUGCAAUUGUUUCAUUUCAUAAACAAAUUCUCUUUAGUGUGAUACGUGCCCCCUCAGCGAUACUGCAGAUGCAGGUGUGUCAGAAAAAGUCUGAAAAACAUUAUUUUAGGAAAGGGAACUUUGUUUGGAGCUUUUUUGAGAAAUACAUUUAAAUAAA